AUUGCCAAGAGGUGUUCUGUAUUGCCAGGAGGUGGUCUGUAUUGCCAAAAGGUGGUCUGUAUUUUGCCGGGAGGUGGUCUUUAUUGUCAGAAGGUUGUCUGUAUUGCCAAGAGGUGGUCUGUAUUGCCAAGAGGUGGUCUGUAUUGCCAGGAGGUGGUCUGUAUAGCCAAGAGGUGUUCUGUAUUGCCAGGAGGUGGUCUGUAUUGCCAAGAGGUGGUCUGUAUUGCCAAGAGAUGGUCUGUAUUGCCAGGAGGUGGUCUGUAUAGCCAAGAGGUGUUCUGUAUUGCCAGGAGGUGGUCUGCAUUGCCAGAGGGUGGUCUGUAUCGCCAACUAGGUGGUUUGUAUUACCAGUUAAGUGGUCUGUAUUGCCAGAAGAUGGUCUGAAUUACCAGGGUGUAUUCUGUAACAGGAGGUGGUCUG